ACGGCAAAGACCGCUCCGAUUCGGCCGCCCUGUCAUUGAUUUUUUGAGAACCCUUUCUUCCACUUUCUACCACCAUACCAUACACGAUCCUUUCAACUUUCAGAAAUGCCUUUCGUCCAGGUCAAGACCCGUUCUGGAAGAAUCAAAUUCAACUACACCAUUAGCACUCCCAACUCAGAUUCUGCGGAGAACAUAAACCCCGAUCUUCCAGUCUUGCUUUGCUUUCAUUCUCUCGCCUUUCCUCAUGUAUUCCAUUCUCAAUUUGCAGACCCCCUGCUUCGGAAGUUUAACCUUGUCGUAUUCGACUUCAGGACCCACGGUGAUACCGAAGGAGAUGACUUGCCGGAAGGGUAUGGAAUAAAGGAAGCGGCAGAAGAUUCUUUAGCCUUCAUGGAUGCUCUACGCCUUCCAGCAUGCCAUUUUGUCGCGAUAGACUAUGGAAGUCCUAUCGCUCUGCAGAUAGCGAUCGAUCAUCCAGAUCGAGCUUUAUCGUUGUUCUUUGUGUCGCAAAUUUGUUUGAAAGAGCCUCCAGAUGUGUGUGAAGGUCACCGACAGGUGUAUGAUUCGUGGACCUCAGCCUUUCCUGCUCCCGAUCAAUUUGAUGUAGAGCUCGGGAUGGAGGGUGGCUAUGGAUUUUCGCAAUUCAUGUUCAGUAAUAAAAUGACGAAUCUAGCGCAGGCUCUGUUCAAUGCAACAUUUCCACUGUGCCAGAAGCAUUGGGGUUAUCAUGGGAAGAGAAAUUUUCGUGUUGCGACCCUCGAUCUUCUUUGUGGCCGACAAUCACAACCGAAGGCGGCUUUAUCCCGUCUACGAUGCCCAGUGAAGCUUGUAUAUGGCACAGACGAUGUGGCAUAUAAUCAAGAUUACAGCGAGGAGUUUUUACAGGACUUGGAAGAUGCUGGGGUGGAGGCCUCCUUAUUUGUUGUACCAGGAGCACCACAUUUUGUGGGGGUCGAUUAUGCUAGCCAAGUUAACCCCGUACUUCACGAUUUCAUUUUGCAAAACGACGACCGGAAACCGCCACCAGUCUCAGAGCACAUUCUGUCCCCUUGGGAUGCUCUUCUGCGGUCAAAUGGCUGGACACCAGAGGGUAACAAUGAUUCUGACGACGACGACGAUUUCGUGAUUACAUAUCCGCAAUAAAAUGGAUUCGUCCUUCCUUUGCAUCUUUGCAUAUUUUUU